AUGUUCAAUUCUUCCUCUUUCUUCGAAGACUGUCAAAAAAACACGUUCAAGGAUCCAAAGGGAGAGGCUUGCGUACGAUGCCCACCCAAUACCCACACGAUUGCUUCAAGAGCCGCGUCUGUCGACGACUGCGUGUGCGACAGCGGCUUCCGGAAAUCAUCGAACAGUGGACAAGGCUGCGAAGAUAUAAACGAGUGCGAUGAAAAAAUCCUCAACUGUUCCCACGAGUGCGUGAACACAAAAGGAAGUGCGUACUGUGGUUGUCCCUUCGGCCUAAAGUUGUCAGAUGAUGGCUUCACAUGCCGAGACGUCGACGAAUGCACCGAGACGCCGCAUGUAUGCAACCAGAUCUGCUCGAAUACGAUCGGAAGCUACGAUUGUUUUUGCAAAGCCGGGUACACUCUCUCCCUCCAUGACAACUUCACGUGCGAAGAUGUGAAUGAGUGCACUCAAGGUACCCACAAUUGCAGUCAUAUCUGCACCAACUACGAUGGUGGUUAUUACUGCGAAUGUCCACUGGGAUACGAAAUGACCGGGGACCAGAGAUCAUGCGCAGAGGUGACGUGCCCCAUGUUUCUGGGUGUCCCGGACGCCAACGUGAGCUGCACCCCCGACGCGUCGAGCGGUUUCGCCAAAGCGCGCACGACGUGUGCCUUCAAGUGCAUGAACGGCUUCCAGCUGGACGGUCCUAAGACCACCAACUGCUCCGAGAAUGGAACCUGGACCAACGAGCCGCCAUCUUGCAAACCCAUGUUUUGCGAAGCUCUCUCCAGCCCCGAAAACGGACGUGUCAUGCCCGAGCGCUGUCUGAUUCCCAGCGCGAAUCACAUCGGAGCAAAGUGCUACUUCCAGUGCAACAGCGGGUUCCAAAGGAACGGCACUUUAGUGAACACUUGCACGAAGGUGGCCAAACGCAACGAGCUCGCAUGGAGGCAUGGUCCAGUUCACUGCCAGAAAGUUAAAAUUGCGCCAAUCAUGACGUGUCCUCAAGACGUGGUCCAGACCCUGCCUCCAGGAGCGAGUGAGACUUGGGUGACGCUUCCGCCUCCGAGCACGAACCUGGACCCCAACUCGAUCAGGGUGUCCCCAUUUUGGGUCCAGAAGCACGGCGGAAGUUUUCCGUAUGGAGAGACGGUUAUAACGUAUUCUGUCGAUGACACAGAAAAUGGCUACAGCCUGAGCUGCACGUUCAAAGUGGACGUCAGAGACAAGCAGCCUCCCAAGGUCGAAAAAUGUCCGGACACAGUGUCCGCUUUGGCCACGACGCUGGACGGAGUGUUAGUGACUUGGGACGAGCCGGAGUUCUCGGACAACGUGGAAGUGACCGAAGUCAGAAACACCCUGGACUCGGGAACGAAGUUCACAAUUGGGGUGCACACUGUUCAUUACACUGCAAGGGAUCUAUCCGGCAACGAAGCUACUUGCAAGUUCCAAGUUAACGUGACACGCGAGGAAUGCAAGUUCCCCGCGGACAUCGAGCACGGCAGCACGGAAUGUUACCCCGUGCUUCACGGUGUGGUGUGCGAGCCCGUCUGCCACGAAGGCUACGCCUUCCCCAGUAACGUGUCUCUCUUUUACUCGUGCGACCUGGACGGCGUCUGGGAGCCCAGAAGCUGGAUACCGGACUGCCAAGAAUACUCCCCGACCACGACGCAGGACUGUCUGCCAGGGUCGGAGUUCUUUGACGAACUCGAUGGAGAAGCCAACGUAUGCCUGGAGUGCCCGGCAGGGAUGUAUCGGUCGGCGGAGAUGGCACAGUGUCUCCUCUGCGAGCGAGGCUACUACCAGGACCAACCUGGUCAGCCCGCUUGCAAGCCAUGCCCAACCAACCGGACCGAGGUUCCAGCACAACCGGCGCUUCUGGACCAGCAAUGCUUCUCCUAACCACGGCUCUCUGCCACGAGCCUGAUUCCUAGUUAUCGGGUUCUCCUCGCAGCGAACAUGGACCGGGGUCGUAGCGUCUAAGGUCCACCAUCUACAGUUUCCACCAAUACGAAAGACCCACUCGUAGCGCGCGCUGCCGAGAUGGUUACUGGUGGGGCCGCGGGGCGCGCUGCUGACAAUGCCGUAUCGUUCUGAGAAGAGCUCACUCGAUACCCCCUAGAAGACAAGGCCUGAGCCUGUCCUCCCCACACGUCAUCACUAGGUGAUCCACGCAGCGUCGCUGGAUAGAUGGAUGUUAACGGCUGUACCCUUUGUAACGGGCGGUAGCUUGCGCCACCUAGCCUCAGAAUUGUUGCCAACUCGUCUUGCAGCAUCUCGCAACAAGCGCGACGCUAGCGCGCAUCGUUACCGAAACGAACCUGCUGCGCGGCGACUCUCGUGGAGCUUCAGCGUCUUUGCCACUGGAGGCGUCAUGACGUCCUGAGCUGGCCUUUUCUUCCAACUCGAUAACGCAGUCAAACUAAGUCCGCGAGCAGUGUGACGAAGCGCCUUCUCUUCCCUCGAAGUGGCGUGGAAUUUCCCAAAGCGCGAGCAGCGCCUUCACCGGCCACCGCCUCGGCCACGCCCUUCUCCGAGUGGGUCUUUAAUAUUGGUGGAUACUGUAACAUUCUGCCGUGGAGGGUACAUUGACGUGGUGAUUUUUGAGCUGGAAAGACUGACGAGAAGUAAAAUGCGGAAAGCUCUGCGUGCAAUGUAUUGCUGUUUUUUAAAGAGGGCAUUCCUGCCACGACAUCUUUGAGUGAAUUGUUCGCAAGAAAACGCUACAAGGCGGUCAAUUUCUUAAUAAUAAUAAAGCUCAUUCUGUUGCUUAA